AUGGGGGACCGACAAGCAGUGCAGCACACUUUGAACAACUUGCUUCAUAAGCUGGAUGAUCCCGAUCCGGACAUGAGAUACAUGUCCCUCAAUGAUCUUCUUGGUCUCUUGAACAACCCAAACUCGUCAUAUCUGGCUCAUGACCAAGUCUCCGCCUCGAAGCUGGCCGAGGGCCUCCUCAAGGCGCUUGAUGAUCAACACGGCGAUGUCCAAAACCAGGCACUGAAAUGCCUCGGUCCCCUCGUUCAUCGACUGCCAUUUGAGAAUCUCGCCUCUCUUCUCGAAAAGCUCACCAACCUCACUGCCUCCCAAACCAUCGAUACAUCCGUCCCCAACACCGCGCUACGAUACAUCGUCACUGCUCUCCCUCGCCCUCAGGCUGGACAGAACCCCAGCCAAGAGGCCACUUCGGCUUACUCGGCGGUGUCUCGUGUGCUCAUACCCCGUCUGACGGGCCCCAUACCGUCACCUUCCAGCAGAAGAGGGUCUGUUGUCAAGGGUAUGCUCGAGAAGGAUCCAUCCAAGGGGUUCAGCAGCGAUGCCAUUGAUGUUCUUAUUCAAGUUGUCACUUGCUUCGGACCACUCUUGCAGGAAGCUGAGCUGACCGCCCUGCAAAACUCCGUCAUGUCCAUUGUUGAUAACGACACGGCUGGUACCGUGGUGACGAAGCGCGCACUGGUAGCCAUCUCGGCCUUGGUCCUUCAUUUCUCCGACCAUCAGCUUAACCUCUUCGUGAAAGAUCUCACCAAAAAGUUCAAUUCUCAACCCACUAUGAUCCACCAGCGUCACCUUGUCGCCACGGUGGGCAGCAUAGCGAAGAGCGCCCCCGCGAAGUUUGGGCCCUAUCUUCCGACGCUGGCGCCAUUCGUGUUCUCAGCCCUUGGUGAGGAUGCAGUGGCACCAGUCAGCUGA